UUCUUCUCCAUGUUACGGAUGUACAUGCCAGGAUUGUUUAUGUAAAGAUAUAUAUAUAUAUAUAUAUAUGCCCUCUCCCGGUCUCCCUUAGAUGGCUUCAACUUUUCUUCCUUAACUAUCAAGUCAACAGCUCACCAGGAGUUCGAGUAUUCUUGGUUUGCAAAAAUAUCACUUCAAAAGAGCUUCAUCGGCAACUAAAGUCCUUCGGCUGGUUCCCUUCAAGUCUUUACAACUACCUAUUUGCUUUUAUAUCGCGUGUCGAGUUCGAUCAUUACAUUUCACUUCAACCACCAUGUCUCUAGAACCCCAGCAGCCUACCUUCCACCGCGGCAGCUUCGCCGACGAGAUCGAGACAGCCAGAACUGAUCUCUCUCGUAAGCUGCUCGUUGGUGAAUCCUCAUCCAGGAGCCCGUCCGAGUCCGAGACCGCUCCGUCUUUGAGCCCCACUGCCAGCGCCACUCCGUCGAGUCCGGAGUCAGACGCGGCCGUCUCACCUAUCUCUCCCCCGGUCGACGACGAAGUUGUUGCGGACAGCUUUGCCUUUGCUUUCGAUAUCGAUGGCGUCUUAGUAAGAGGUGGUCGACCCAUCCCUGAGGCUAUCCAGGCCAUGAAGGUCCUUAACGGCGACAACAAAUACGGAAUCAAGAUUCCCUACAUUUUCUUAACCAAUGGCGGUGGCAAGACCGAGGCCGAGCGCUGUGGCGACCUCUCCCGCCAGCUGGAUAUUGAGAUCUCACCAGCUCAAUUCAUCUGCGGCCACACACCCAUGUCUGAGAUGGCCACCAAGUACAACACCGUUUUGGUCGUUGGUGGUGAGGGUGAGAAGUGCCGUACCGUUGCCCAGGGGUACGGUUUCAAGGACGUCGUUACUCCAGGCGACAUCAUCAAAGCGGACGCUGCCACCACACCAUUCCGGAAGUUAACACCUGAGGAACUUCGCAACUCCAAGGAACGAGAUUUCAGCAAGGUUACCAUCGAAGCUAUUUUUGUCUUCGCCGACUCCCGUGACUGGGCCGGAGACCUUCAGAUCAUUCUCGACCUGGCCAUGUCCAAGGGCGGCCGAAUCGGUACUCUCUCCGAGACCUUCGACGAGGGCCCACCAAUCUUCUUCUCUCACAACGACGUCGUCUGGUCGGCCGCUCACGACAACGUUCGUCUCGGCAUGGGUGCUCUGCGAGGUAUCGUCGAGUACACCUUCAAGGAGGUCACUAAGGGCAAAACCCUGCAGACUCACGCCUUCGGCAAGCCACAGAUCGGGACCUUUGAGUUCGCUACCCGUCUGCUAAAGCGAUGGCGCAAGAAUGAGCAUGGCCUAAACGCUCCCCCGAACACGGUCUACUUUGUCGGCGACACCCCCGAGAGUGACAUCCGGGGCACCAACCAGUACAACGAGAAGGCCGAGAAUGACUGGUACAGCAUUUUGGUCAAAACCGGUGUCUACCAGGAAGGUACCGAGCCGGCCUAUAAGCCUCGCGUCACUGUCAACACCGUGCUAGACGCCGUGAACCACGGUAUCGAGCGCGAGAUGGAACGACGAAAAAAGAACCAAAGCAAGCCCCGCCUGGUCGAUAUGCCCAAGUUGACCUUGGAAGAAGCUCAAGAUCUUGCCGUCUUCAGUCCUGCUGAGGAACGUCCCCUCGAGCUUACUGCAUGAUUUUCACGAUUUUUAUGACUUCUACAUCUAUAUAUUUUCAUGAUACCAUAUUUUGGCCCUUUCACAUUCUACUGCUUUUUUAUUACUAUUUAUUACAAUACACUCUGCGCACCGUGGGACUACGCAGUAAAAAGGGCAUUCGUUCGGGCAUUGUUAGGAAGUUUGUAAUAUUGAGAUGGAUCUAUCUCAAUAGAUGUUGGAUACUGUUGCAUUAUACGGCGUUAUUGGUAAAAUUGAUAUUAAAGCUCAAUAAUAUAAAUCGAAGCUAUUUUCAUUUUGACGAUAUAUAUCUAUUCUUU